UCCUCCUCUACGACGGUAUAUAUAUAUAUAUAUACAUAUCUUCAUCUUCUCCGUCUUCUCCCCAAUUCACAACUUCUUCUAGCUUCAUAUUUAUUCUUCAGAAAUUUUUAUUGAUUAUUUCUCCCAAAUUAUGAGACCCACAUCACGAAAUUUCCAGAUUUUCGUUCAAUCCCCAGACCUCCGAAUCCCCACCCGUGCCCUAAUUUUCCAAAACCCUAGCCCUGAUCUCACCCUCCAUCAUCUGAAGUCUUCCAUUUUUCCGAUUGCGUCGGUUCCACGUGGUUCCCUUUUCUUCACUCUUAAUGGCAAACCGCUUGCCGACUCCACCCGCCUCUUGCAUAAUUCCCUGAUCGCCCCGCUCUCCACUCUAACCCUCCACCUUCGGUUCCACGGCGGCGGUGGAGAUGGGGGCGCCACGGGGGCGGAGUCCCGGGACUGUUAUUUGAAUAUGUACGCGGUUAAGAAGCCUGAUAAGGUUGAUCCGAAUGAAAUGAGGCUUUCUAAAUGGCUCAACUGUAGUUUGUCCAACGAGCCGUUGAGGCACCCGGUGGUUAUUGAUAAGUUGGGAAAUUUGUUUAAUAAGGAGGCUUUGGUCGAGGCUUUGUUGAAAAAGAAUAUGCCUAGAGAGUUUUGGUAUAUUAAGGGUUUGAAGGAUAUGAUCUCGGUUGAACUGGCGGAGAUUCCGGGAGCUAGGGAGAGUGGGGAGGUGAAGUUCCAGUGCCCAAUAACUGGGCUGGAAUUUAAUGGGAAAUAUAAGUUUUAUGCGAUCAAAAGCUGUGGGCAUGUUUUCAGCGCAAAGGGGUUUAAGGAGGUGAAGUCUUCUGCUUGUUUGAUUUGUCAUAAGGAAUUUGUGGAAAGUGAUAAGAUUGUGAUAAAUGGGAGUGAGGAGGAGGUUAAGGAAUUGUGGGAGAAGGUGAAGGAGGAAAAACUGAAAGUUAAGGAUACCGGCAAGAAACCUAAGAAGUUGAGGAAUGGGGAUGUGAAUGGAGAGGAAGUGGGGCGAUUGACGGGGACAAAACAUGGCAUUGAAGGGAAUGGGACAAAAACUGAUGCGAAUGGGUCGACUAAGAAGUUGAAAGCAGGAGUCAUAGCUCCAGCAAAUGCAACCAAGGAGGUGUAUGCCUCUAUUUUUACUUCAUCAAAGAAAUCGGAUUUCAAGGAGACAUUUACUUGCAGAUCGUUGCCACUUGGUCGGAACUGAUUAGCUGGUGCAUUGGAGGUGUGUUAGUGUUCUGUUUGUAUUGUAUCUGAAGAUUGUCAUUGCUUGUAGCUAUUAUACUGAUUGUUCUGUCCGGGGUUAUUAAUGAACUUCUUAAACUUGACUUGCCACAGAUGAUUUCUUCUUUUAUUUAGUUAUUUUGAUUCUGGCAAGUGCAGUAGCACAAUAGAAAAUUGAUGGAGUAAUCAUGCUUUUGUGGUUGUGUUUGUAAUCAGAACCAAGGUGAAUUAUCAGAUAUCGAGCAUACGAGAAAACCAACUGAAAAGGCGCUUUUAUCUGUU